GCUAGAUAAUUAUACGGUUUCGAUCCCGAGUUUCCGCUCACAGAUUUCUCCAUUACAAUCGCAAAUUCUAUGGUCUGAAAUCCGAAUCCCAUUUCUCAACCCCAAUUUUGACUUCUUUCUACUCAUUCCAUCAAAUUCCAUUCCCAUAACGUUUUUUUCAUUCCCUUUUUCAUCUCCAACUACCAUUCAACCGCCAUUGUUCACCAUUAAACCUGCUUACAAUGUCUAUUCUUAGAAAAUCUAAACCCUCCAUUCAUCUUCGACCAUCCAUCCAACGCCUCCCUUUACGUUACCUUUCUUCGGUUCCUGGAGGGGACCCACAAUCAUCUUCCUCUCAAUUGAAUUACAAAUCAUGGGUUCUGAAAUUGGUUUCUGGGGUUGUUGCUGGGUCAUCUUUGGGAGCUUUGUUCUAUCCAAUUUCACCAAAUCAUCAUGUUGAUGAUGAUCUAAAUGUUUCUUCUCCUUCUUCAUCUUCUGUUUUUGAUUAUUUGAAAGGAAGGUCUUUGUUUGCCUUUGCUGAUUGGUCAUCUGCUCCUGCAGAAGCUAUUUCUUCCCUAGAUUCCUCUUCCCGUUCUCUCUCAUUCAAUACAUCAAAGUUUCUUUUUCCAGAUUCAUUUAGAAGGAAGGUAUUUUUCAAAUAUGAAAAACGUAUAAGAUUGCGAAGUCCUCCAGAGAAGGUAUUCGAGUAUUUUGCAUCUGUUCAAAAUUCUGAAGGAGAAGUACUUAUGACACCUGCGGAUUUGAUGCGAGCUGUCGUCCCUGUUUUCCCCCCAUCUGAGUCAGGUCUGGUCCGAGAUGGAUACCUUCCGGGGGAGAGGUGCCCUGGUGGUUUAAAAUGUCUUCCUUCCGAGUUUUUCAUGCUCUUUGAUGUGGACAAUGACGGACUAAUUUCUUUCAAAGAGUACAUAUUUUUUGUAACUCUACUCAGCAUUCCAGAAUCGAGCUUCUCUAUAGCCUUUAAGAUGUUCGACAUUGAUAAAAAUGGAGAGAUUGACAGGGAUGAAUUCAAAAAAGUUAUGGCUCUGAUGAGGGAUCAAAACAGACAAGGUUCUACUCAUUGUGAUGGGCUUCGACCCGGUAUUAAACUCGGAGGUUCUGUAGAAAAUGGAGGCUUGCUCGAGUAUUUUUUUGGAAAUGAUGGUGAGAUGCAUUUACAUCAUGACAAAUUUGUCUGGUUCUUAAGAAAGUUACACGAUGAAAUUGUGAGGUUAGAGUUUUCUCACUAUGAUUAUAGAUCACAAGGGUCCAUAUCAGCCAAGGAUUUUGCUCUCUCCAUGGUUGCUUCUGCUGAUAUACAGCAUAUAAACAAAUUGCUUGAACGGGUUGAUGAACUAGACAAUGACCCAAAACUUAGCUGUAGACGCAUUUCUCAAGAUGAAUUUUGCAAGUUUUCCGAGCUACGGACAAAGUUGGAGCCUUUUGCAUUGGCCUUGUUCGCAUACGGUAAGGUCAAUGGUUUGUUAACGAGGACUGACUUUCAACGAGCUGCGUCUCAGGUGUGUGGUGUGUCUCUCACUGACAAUGUGGUCGAAGUCAUUUUUCAUGUGUUUGAUGCAAACCGUGAUGGAAACUUGGGUGCUGAUGAGUUUCUGAGAGUUCUGCAGAAACGGGAAAGGGACAUUGCCCAACCCAUAGAAACCGGCAUUUUUGGCUUUUUGUCAUGCUGUCGUAACUGUACGAGCGGAGGUUCUCUCUCGCGACUAUUUUCUUAAUCAUAGGAGGCGGAUUUCCACCUACCGUCUGCAGAAAAUGAUGCUUCACAAACAAGAAGCUGAUGUGUACUGGAUUACCUAGUGUAACAGUCGGGACUUUAAAAUUUGAAGCUAGUUUAAUGGCCGUCCACCAGUCACCACGAAUUACAAAACAGCAGGAAAAGGUGCUCAUCCUACCUCCUUCACUUCGGAUAUGUUGUAGGUAAACUUGUAAUCUGAUAGAACCAUAUAUUACUGACGAUAUUAGUAUCUUAUGAAGACGUAACUGAUCUUCUACACGUCUCCACCAUCAGUUACACGGUGGUGGUUGUAAAUCUCGUUUAAACAAACAGUCGGGUAUUAUAGGUUAAAGUUGCAGAUACAUCCUUACACUAAUUUGGAUAUAUCAGUGUUAUAUGUUUGAACCCUUGUAAGUUAUAACCGAUGGCAUGUAGAAGUACGGUUUUGUUAUGUAAUGUCUGGUUUUUGGUUCCGAAAGUGUUACUAAUGGUUGUUUAGUUGGUUCGUUGUGUCCGUGCUCCAAUAUUAGUGACAUUAACCGUUGAGAUAUGGAGCGUGGAUGAGAAUUGUUGGAGUGCGGAGAUCAAUUGCUGGUGUCUAGUAUCCUCAUUUGCGUUGCUGUGAAUAUGGGACAUUUUUCAGGUCUCUCGAACAAUUUUGUGUUAUCUUUUCUAGUUAGUUAAACUGAACAUUUUGCGGUGUAGA